AAACGCAGCAAAACAGAGCAAGCAAACCCCACGGCCACCGGAUCCAGCCGGCCUUCUCCUCGCUCCUCCCCUCCUCCCUCGCACCGAAACGCGAUCGAACAUCAUCUACCCGAUGGCUCCUCUCCUGUCGCCACCGCUGCUCGCCGACCUGGUGGCCAAGUCCCAUUCCUCCUCCACCGCCGUCCGCUGUUCCGGCAGUGUCCGGCGAUGGGCAGUCGCAGGGCUGGCCGGCGCCGGGAGGAGAGACCGCCACCGGAGACGGAGGACGUGGGGGAGGAGGGGCUUCAGGGUGUCCGCGGUGGCGACGGAGCCCCGCAGCCCGGAGGGGAGCGCCGCCGAAGAUUACUACGCCGUUCUUGGCGUUAUGCCGGACGCAACACCGCAACAGAUCAAGAAAGCCUACUACAAUUGCAUGAAGGCGUGCCAUCCAGAUCUCAGUGGGAACGACCCCGAUGUGACCAACUUCUGCAUGUUCAUCAACGAGGUUUACACGGUACUUACCGACCCCAUCCAGCGAGCCGUGUAUGACGAGAUCAAUGGCUUUACUGCAACAGCAACCAACCCCUUCUUGGAUGAUGCACCCAGGGAUCAUGUGUUUGUCGAUGAGUUUAGCUGCAUAGGUUGUAAAAACUGUGCUAAUGUCUGUUCCAAGGUUUUCGAGAUUGAGGAGGAUUAUGGGCGUGCAAGAGUUUACAAUCAAUCAGGCAAUGAAGAGCUAAUUCAAGAAGCCAUUGACAGUUGUCCGGUUGACUGCAUCCACUGGACUUCAGCAGCACAAGUUACACUCCUCGAGGAUGAAAUGCGCAGAGUCGAGAGAGUGAAUGUUGCAUUGAUGCUUUCUGGGAUGGGGAGUUCAUUUGAUGUGUUCCGGAUGGCAAGUACGCGCUGGGAGAAAAGACAAGCACAAGUCUUGAAUAAGGUGAGGAUGCGGAUGAGCCAAGAUGAUGCUAACAAGGGCAGUUCAUGGAGUGAUAUAUGGGGGUCACCAACAAGAUACCAAAAGAACGAAGAGGACACAAAGGAGAGAGUGAAGCGAGCGGCUGCGGCGGCAAGGAGGUGGCGAGAAUACUCGAGGAAAGGUGCAGACAGGCCUCCUACAUUCAAACUUCCAGAGGCAGCGUCCAACCAGGAGUGAGAAGAGAACACGGUCGUUACACAUCGAAUGUGUGGUUUUAUGAAGCGUUAGUUAACCCUCCAUGUAUAGUCUAAUUAUUUGAGGAGAGCUGCAUAGCAUUUGCUCUCCCGCCCUGGAUUCGACGUGUUAGCAGUAUCUGUAAAUCAUGUUGUAAAAUUGGUUGAUGCCGAUCUGUAAAUCACCCAUAGGAUACAAAUUCCAGAUGUAAAACAAGUGUACAAUAGACAGUGGCCCCUGGCUACUCCCACAACCUCGACGGUGUGUGUAAAAGUAGAGAAACUGCAAGUGGAAUUGUGCAUAUUCUCUAUUUGCAGAUCGAAA